UAUCGGAACCGGUCAAUUUAAUUCAUCGAGUAUAAAGCAGAAUCAGAACCAGAAGUCAAAUUGAUUCAUUGAUUACAGAACCACAAGUCCACAACUAUCCAUGAGUGCAUUUGCUGUUCAUCACUCCCAUAUUUCGACAUGUAGCGUGAUCAAUCAUCGUCCACCUAACUCCUGUUUGCAUCAACGCCUCUAAAUCUUGAUCUCUGCACAUAUCUGUAUGCAUUGCUUCACUUCACUAUUCGACCUUGAAUGUACGAUCAUGAAGUUUUAGACGUCUUAUGCGUGAAGUCUAAGAAAAUAUGGGUCUCUCAACUCGUACUCUCUUUGUCGGUAACCUUCCUGGUGAUACGAUUGUAAAAGACGUGGAAGAUAUUUUUUACAAGUAUGGACCCAUUGUUGAAAUUGACUUGAAAAUUCCACCUAGACCCCCUGCUUUUGCCUUUGUAGAGUUUGAAGAUGCUCGUGACGCUGAAGAUGCCAUUCAUGGAAGGGACGGCUAUAAGUUUGAUGGUCACCACAUACGAGUUAAACUUGCACAUGGUGGGAGAGUUUCAUCUUCUGUAGAUCGCUACAGCAACGGUGGUAGUCGUGCAGGAAUAACUAGGCGCACUAAGUAUCGUGUUAAUGUCACUGGAUUACCUCGUUCUGCUUCAUGGCAAGAUCUGAAGGAUCACAUGCGUCAAGCGGGUGAUGUUUGUUACUCUCAAGUUUUCUAUGAUCGCGAAGGAAUGAGAGGGAUUGUGGACUACACAAACUAUGAUGAUAUGAAACAUGCGAUAAGGACGCUUGAUGACUCACUUUUCUUUAACGUGUUUUCUAAGGCCUACAUACAGGUAGAGGAGUAUGAUCGAAAGCACAAAUACUCUAGAAGCCGAACUCAGAGUCCAAGUCACAGCCAUAGCCGUGAUAGCAAGAGCAGGAGUUACUCUCCCAUGAAAAACUAUUCCCGCAGGUCUCGAUCCAGAUCUAUUUCUUCACCGUCACGUUCUGAAUCAUCACUUACUCCAGCUUCAAGGGACAUGAUGGGGAAUCGAACAUGAGCACAAAGUUGGUUGUCCGGGGAUUGCGUGUUAUGGACUUGACUGGAUAUGUAGUGAUAAAGAUAUAUAAGUCCAUGGGUUUGGCCGUAGUAUUGUGGCAAACCAUGGUAAAUAAUCUUUAUGUACUAAACAUGAUUAAACAUAUUCAAUAAAUUUGGUGCCACAACUGAUUGUUAUA